AUGCAAUACUUGGGAAAUAUUUACGGAAAAACAAUGUCGUAUUAUAAUAAUGGAUUGAAUGGAUAUUCCUUAUCGACGCAAACAAGCGCUUCUUCAACAGUGCCCCAAAUUUUGUCCAAAGACGUGUUGGACUUGUAUUCGAAAGAAAUGGCUGACAUUGCGAAGGAGUCGUAUCAGUUGGAUUUUAGUAGAACUCCACUCAAUAAGAAUGUGGUUCUUUGUUUAGGAUCUCAAUCAUCAGGGAAAUCAUCACUAAUUAAUUAUCUAUUUUCAAGUCUUUCAAUUCGAGAAACAGGAGAAAAUGCUAUUGACACACAAUUCACAAUAAUCGAAUGUGUGAGCGAGAAGGAAUUUGUGUCACUCGUGGGUAGCACUAAAUAUAACAAGCUGAGUGAGCUGAACAGAAGAAUGAAACAUGAUCAAAAUUUUGAUCUUUAUGAAUGGAAAACAAAUCCGAUGGAGAGACAACACACAGAUGAUAGAGAAGAUCUAAUCUAUCAUGAGCUGUCCCACACCGACAAAAUGAAUAGAUACAAGCAAUUUUAUGAAUCCAAUAUGAAAUCAGUGUUGAUCAAGCACCAUGAGUUAGUGAAAGCGUUUAUUGUAAAUGCACAUUUCAUUGAUGGAACUGAAUUGGAACAACUCGAAUCAGCCAAUAGAAAAGAAGCAAAACGCGUGAGAAACAUUCCAUCGAAGACAAACUUCAAAAAAGAAAGAACAAGAAAUUCACGAUUUUAUAGAUAA